AUGGCAUGGGGUCUUGGCGGACUCUUGAAUCAUGAGCAGCGAACUGAGUUUUCAAAAGCCCUGCUUCCAGACUUACGCAUUGUCUGCAAGCAGCUUGAGAGCCUUCCUUCCUCGGCAACCAUUUACGACAUUACGCCGGACGUAACUACUUUGAAGCUGACAACCUAUGACGCUUUGGUGCCCAAGUAUGCGUUCGAGAGCGGGCUUACAGUUACCAACAUGUUUGUGCCAACAGUGCGAACAACAGCCAACUUGCAGAUGCUUCAAACGAUUGCGCAGGGCGGAUACGGGGUUCUGCUUUCUGGUAAACCUGGCACUGGAAAGAGCGCUUACCUCAAGCAGUGUACAAGAGCACUUGGAACUUCACAGAUGUACUGCAAAAUGUCGUUAGGACAACGAACUACCACAGACGACGUGGAAGACUUCGUGCUGUCUCGUUUCGUGAAGCGGCACCGGAGAUCGCUAGGACCGCCCUAUGGCUCUCGAAUGCUGUUUCUAAUUGACAACAUAGCAGUACCUAUCCCAGAUCAAUUUGGAGCACGAAGACCCCACCAAUUGUUAAGACAGAUUGUUGAGUAUGGGGGUUUUUUUGAAAGGGCACGCUUUCAGUUUAUUCAUGUCGAAGAUACAAGUACUAUCCUUUCCGGAGCAACAGAAGUGGCAGGGGUUGCCACCGACAUGAGGCUUCUCCGUCAUUUCAAUGUUUUGUUUCAAGACGACUAUGCCCCAGCAGAAAUAAAGUACAUCUUUACACAAAUCCUUCGCGGAGCUUGGGAAUAUAGCCUACCAGCAUUGUCCAACUAUGCAGAAGUCAUGAUUGAUGCCACUGUAGCAGCAUACGAGCGAAUCAAAGGACAUCUGCUGCCGACUCCUCUCAAGUGCCACUACACAUUUACAGUGCGCGAAGUUUCAAGAGCACUGGAAGUCAUGCUCAUGGCAGAUACCAGUAAAAUCACCACCCAAAUUGACAUUGCUCGUAGGCUCUGGCUCCACGAAAUGCAGAGGCAGUUUGUAGAUCGUCUGAUCUCCAUAGAGGACCGAAAAUGGACGGAAAGGGUGUUGCUCAAGCAAAUUUCCGCCUCCCUUGACCUAAAAGAUGAGUUGGAGGACUGCGUUUGUUCCCAAAUACUUUUCGGCGACUUUGCCGAGAUAGGUUCCCGCAAGAAUUACUCAGAGAUUUCGAUUUCAGAAGAAGAGAUGAAUGUCAUUCUCUCUAGGUAUGCUCUAAGAAAUCGUGGCCUUCUAUUUUGA